AGUCUAUAUAUACUCCCACUAGUCUUACAUCUCCUCGCACCCUGAAUAUCGACGGCUCCCGUCGGUUUCUUCCGCGCCUCUUCUCAGUUUUUCCCUCCAGAAAUCCUCUCUUCCUCCCUCUUUCGUUGCCCGUCUCUUUUCCUCGUCUUCUCCUUCUGUUCUCAGCCUUGCCCGUAUUCGCUGCCCCUGCCCCCAUCAUCAACCCCCUCUUGGAGAGAAGACAUGGGGAACGAGUCAUACGAACAAGCCAUUGAAGCUCUCAAGAAGCUUCUCAUAGAGAAGGGAGAGCUGAAGGCGGUGGCAGCGGCUAAGGUGGAGCAAAUAACGGCGGAGCUUCAGACAGGUUCUUCGUCCGACAGCCCCGUCGAACGCAUCAAGCAAGGCUUCGUCCACUUCAAGAAGGAGAAAUACGACAAAAACCCAGCUUUGUACGGAAAGCUCGCCAAGGGCCAGAGUCCCAAGUUCAUGGUGUUUGCAUGUUCGGACUCACGUGUGUGCCCAUCACACGUGCUGGACUUCCAGCCUGGAGAGGCCUUCGUGGUUCGUAAUAUCGCCAACAUGGUUCCUCCUUACGACAAGGUCAAACACUCCGGAGUUGGAGCCGCCAUUGAAUACGCUGUUUUGCACCUUAAGGUGGAGAACAUCGUGGUGAUUGGUCACAGCGCAUGUGGUGGAAUCAAGGGGCUCAUGUCUUUCCCAUUCGAUGGAUCCAACUCCACUGACUUCAUAGAGGACUGGGUCAAAAUCUGCUUACCGGCGAAGACAAAGGUUUUGGCAGACCAUGGAAAUUCAGCCUUUGAAUCCCAAUGUGCCCACUGUGAAAAGGAAGCAGUGAAUGUGUCGCUAGCAAAUCUGUUGACAUACCCAUUUGUGAGAGAAGGGUUAGUGAAGAAGACACUUGCUUUGAAAGGAGGCCACUAUGACUUUGUCAAGGGCUCUUUCGAGCUCUGGGGACUUCAGUUUGGCCCCUCUGCCGCGACCUCUGUCUGAACCAACCCAUCAUCAUCAUCAUCAUCAUCAUCAUGACCAUCAUCAACAUGAUUUCCAUCUAUAUCAAUAUCCAUGUAUACAUUUUUCUUUCACCUAAUUCGGCCAUGUCCAUUUAAUUCGCAACGUGCCAUUAUGAUGAGCUUCCUCUCCCUCUCUUUCUUCACCUUUCCGCUUUGUAAUAAAUGAAAAGACCAGGAGAUACAUGUAUGCCUUCCGCCGCUUUAUCGAUGCACGCAAUAUAAAGGAAAUCUAUACAGAUGGUUUUUA